CAGCUCUGUAAUGUUUUCCGAACACACGACAUGGAAAUCGACCAGUGCUUACUGGAGUCACUGCCUUUAGGACAGCGGCAACGUCUUGUCAAGCGGAUGCGUUGUGACCAAAUAAAGGCCUACUAUGAGCGUGAGAAACUUCUUCAGAAACAGGAGGGAUUCAAAUGCAAACACAAACAUGGGAAGAAAAACAAAGUCCACUUCAUCACUUCAGACAUCAUCCAGGAAGCUAUUAUACGGCAUGAUGAUAAGGAAGUGUUGAAGGUGCUGAAGGAAGGUGCUGACCCCAAUACAUUGAUCUCCUCAGGAGGUUCACUGCUGCAUCUGUGUGCGCGAUAUGACAACAUCUUUGCUGCUGAGAUUCUAAUUGAAAGGGGUGUGAAUGUCAAUCGACAGGAUGAGGAUCUAUGGACUGCAUUACAUGUAGCAUGUGCUUGUGACAAUCCUGACAUUGUUCUGCUUCUCAUGUUGGCUGGAGCCAAUGUAUUAUUACAAGAUAUCAAUGGGAAUAUUGCACUGGAUUACACAAUGGAAGGCACAGAAUCAAGCUCCAUUCUUCUGCGACAUUUAGAAGAUAAUGGAGUUGAUGCAAAUUCUUUGCGACAGAUGAAGAUGCAACGUCCUUCCAAAAUGUUGGCAGAUGUUAGGAAUCUUUUGGCAGCUGGUGGGAAUGUCAAUCAAAUGAAUGAUGAAGGAGUCACACUGUUACAUAUGGCAUGUGCUAGUGGCUACAAAGAUGUCUCCACUCUACUACUCGAGAAUAAAGCUGACACUGAUGUCACUGAUAACUGCUACUGGACACCACUUCACCUCGCUGCAAAAUAUGGACAGUUUGCCAUUGUGAAACUGCUACUGAAGCAUCAUGCAAACCCUAAUCUCCUUAACUGUAAUGAGGAGAAGCCUUCAGAUGUAGCAGCAUCUGAAAGUAUUGAAGAUAUAUUGCUGAAAGCGGAGGAAGAUUGGAAGGAGACAUGGAAACAAUCUGCAACUUUUUGCAGUGAUCCAGAAAUGCAAGAGGAAACAUAUGAAGAAAUCAUUCAUGAUGCUCCUGUCCCAGUGAAAAAACUGAACCCAUUGGUCCUGUCCAUUGCCAAACAGGAUAGCAUGUUGGAAAAAGACAUAAUGUUUAAGGACACCUCUGGGAGCUUGUGCAAACAAAAUUCACAAGACAGCAACAGCGACAACCCGACAAUGAACAGCACAACCAAAUUUGAACAGGUGAAGCUGAUUCCUCCUGCUCCAAAUGAUGACCUUUCUACCUUGAGUGAACUGACAGAUAGAAGCCUUCUGUACGAAAUUCAGAAGCGAUUCACCAAUGAUCAAAUAUAUACUUAUAUCGGGCAUAUUCUGCUGAUGGUAAAUCCAUAUAAAGAACUUCCGAUAUAUUCCACCACGAUUACCCAGCUUUAUCUGAAUAAUAUGGUGAGGCUGAGUUCCUCACUCCCACCACACAUAUUUUCCUGCACUGAAAGAGCUUAUCAUAUGAUGAUACAGGAGCAAAGGUCACAGUGCUUCAUCCUGAGUGGUGAAACUGGAUCAGGCAAAACAGAAGCGUGCAAACACAUUGUGAAGCACCUGGCGUGUAGAUCAAUGACCACUGAGUGUGUGCUUGAAACAAAGAUUAACCACGUUAGCUGUGUGUUGGAAUCGUUUGGCCAUGCAAACACAACACUGAAUGAGAACUCCAGUCGGUAUAUAAAAUACCUAGGAUUGCAGUUCGGUGAAAACAACAGGACUUUAAUUGGAGCCAGAGUUUAUACCUUCUGUUUAGAGAAGUCUCGCCUUAUCUCUCGUCCACUGAACCAGUGCAAUUUUAAUAUUUUCUACCUGAUGAUUGAUGGUCUGUCAACUGAGGAGAGGUGUGCUUUGUACCUCAGCAAUCCUUUUGUCCACAGGUACAUGAAUCAGAGUUCACAAGAGGAGGUGACAGCAGCUGAAACAGUUCAAAACAGGGACAAAUUUCUUGCUGUAAAGCAAGCUUUAAGAAACUUGGGUUUCAACAAUCUGGAAGUUGACAACCUGUUUCUGAUUUUGGCUGCAAUUUUGCUUCUUGGGGAUAUCCAGUUUCUGACUGUGACAGACACUGAGAUAGCUUAUGUGUCAGAUGUGCAGUUGGUGGAACAAGUGGCUGGCAUUCUUCAAGUCUCACCUGAUGACCUCAGUUCAGCCUUAACAUCUGAUGUUCAGUAUUUUAAAGGGGAUAUGAUUUUGAAGAAACACACAGUGGAUGUUGCAAAUUUUUACCGGGACCUUCUGGCAAUGUCACUUUAUAGUCGUCUUUUCAGCUUCUUAGUGAACAGUAUAAAUAAUUACCUCCAGAAUCAGGAAGAUGGGGAAGGCAGCUCAGCAUUUGAAAUUGGGAUAUUGGACAUCUUCGGCUUUGAAGAAUUUCAGAAAAAUGCCUUUGAACAGCUUUGUAUCAACAUGACAAAUGAGAAGAUCCAUCAGUAUAUACACGAGACACUCUUUCAACAGCAGCAAGUGGAAUAUAUGAAAGGAGGUGUCACCAUGGAAACAGUGAACUCUCCUGGCAACCACAACUCUGUUCUGGACUUCUUUUUUCAGAAACCUACUGGCUUUUUAUCAUUGCUAGAUGAAGAAAGCCAGACUCUUCGAUCAAUGGAACAAAGCCUCAGCAAACGGCUGCAGUCCCAUUUGGAAACAGCUCAUACAAAUGCUGUUUACAUGUCGACAAAGGAUGGAAAUGGGAACAUUCCAUCAAAGGACCCAGGCUCAGCCUUCACGAUCAUGCAUUACGCAGGAAGGGUAACCUAUGAUUUAACAGGAGUGAUUGAAAAGAACAAAGAUUCACUUUCCCAAAGCCUCUUCUUUGUUAUGAAAACCAGUGAAAAUGUUGUUAUUCACCAGUUCUUCCAGUCCAAACUGACCCAAACUGGUUCUCUUAUUCCCUUACAUCAUCAUCUGAGCCUUCGAGGGUCCAAAGCAUUGAUGUUGUCACAGAAUCGAUGUUCAACUUCACGAAGCAAAGGACCAAAGAAGUUUCUGGACCUUAACAGCAAGUUCCUGAAAAAGAAGACAGCAGCCACAUUUCUCCAACGUCUAGAACGGGGUGGGCCCACAACACUGGCUUCUCAGCUCAGGAGUUCGAUUCAUGAUAUAAUGGGAAAACUCCAGAAUUCAACUCCUCACUUUGUCCAUUGCAUCAAACCCAACACAUCCAGACAGGCCGACAUGUUUGAUAACUUCUAUGUAUCAGCCCAGCUGCAGUACAUUGGUGUCCUGGAGAUGGUGAAGAUGAUCCGCCAUGGAUACCCAUUGCGGCUAUCUUUCAGUGACUUCCUCACAAGGUACAGGAUUCUGGCUGACAUUAUACUGGGAGACAGGAAAAAGCUUUCUGCAGAAGAGAAGUGUUGCCUCAUUCUGCAACGGUGUAAAUUACAAGGCUGGCAGAUGAGCCAAAGUGAAGUGCUUAUGAAGCAUUGGCAAGCAGAUUAUCUCAAUGAGCAAUGUCUUUAUUUGCAAAAGAAAAUUAUCAUCUGCCAGAAAGUUGUCAGAGAAUUUCUAGCCCGCCAGCGGCUGCUGCAAAGGAUGAACAUCAAACAGCAAGAGGUCAGCUCCAUUGAAAGCUUCUUGCAGUCUGCGGAAGAUAUGGGACUGAAAGCAUAUGAUUCUUUGGUCAUUCAAAACGCUUCCGACAUUGCACGGGAAAAUGACAGGAUCAGGAAUGAACUUAAUGCAGUUUACGUGAGGGAAAAGUUGGAAGCAAGACACAGGGACGAACAGGCCGCAAAACGCGAAGAUAGUCUUUCGGGCUGUCGAACAGCGAGGCAUUUUCUCUCGAGCUCGGUGCCGGCACCUACCUUUGUCGAUGGGUUGGCACAUUCUGUGAUUGGAUCAUCCAUCAGAUCACCCUCCCUUCACUCAGUAUUCAGUAUGGAUGAUAGUAACGGCCUGCAGUCACCACGGAAACAACCUCCUCCAAAGCCAAAGCGGGACCCCAAUACGCGACUGAGUGCUUCAUAUGAGGCUGUGACUGCAUGUAUGUCGGCGGCUUCAAAAGAAGCAGCUAACGAAGUUUUGACUAAACCAAGACCUCACAGUGAUGAUUACAGCACAAUGAAAAAGAUUCCCCCACCAAAGCCCAAAAGAAGUCCCAACACCAGACUGACAGGUUCAUAUGAAGAGAUCUACAUAAGAAAACCAUCUGUAUCAAAAUUCACAAGCACAAUGACUAAAGGAGCACACAGCACGGGGACUAUUCAACGCGCUGCAUCUGUUGAUGGGCCCCACUAUAGCACUUUGACUCUCCACUUGUCCCAAGAUGAGGAUGUGGAGCCUGUUUAUAUAGAAAUGGGAGGGACCGGUGGAACAAGUGGAAACUCUCUGGCAGAGGUGGAGAGUCCUGAUCAAGGAGAAUCUGUUUACGAAGAGAUGAAAUAUUGUUUGCUUGACAGCAACCCUGGCACUUCCUUCUUUCAAAAGCAGGCCGCUUGUCCUCCCCUUCGCACAGAAAUGCAAACCCCGGUGUUGCCUGAGGAUUUCAGAACCAGUACCCCUCCCAUGACGAGCUGUCAGGAAUUAGUAUGUGACAUUCCGCCACCAUUUCCAAACCUUCUCCCCCAUCGGCCCCCUCUGCUUGUAUUUCCUCCAACACCAGUGCAAUGUUCGCCUGCUUCUGAUGAGUCACCACUUACACCCCUUGAGGUGAAGAGGCUGCCAGUUCUGGAAACUAAUUUGAAUUACCCUGUGCAAUCAGAUGGCAUAUCACCCGCCUCUCAACCAUACGCAAGCCAUCAAAAAGGAGAAAGUGAUACACCACCAUCUCCGGGACUGGGUGUGUUCAGUAUAUCAGGAAAGAUAACUCCACCCUCGGCAUCACCUCCUCUUCCUUCAAUUCCUACACCUCCCUACAGGCAAAGUUCGCAUUUUAUUUUCCCACCAGACACUUCCUCCUCUUGUUUUGCCAACGCAGGAAAACUAGUUAUGAGCACAGAUGCUCCCAAAGUACCUCAGAAACCUGCUCCCCUACAAGGAGGGACCUCUACUAUCUCUGCAAGAUUGCCUUGCUCACCGGUAAAAAGUUGCAGGACAGAACCUGGAAAGAGCCAACCCUCCUCAGCAGGGGGUGCGUCACUACUUCCAUACUCUUCCGCUAUUAAUAGGCCAAUUACCAGCCCACUUGAUGAGCUGAACAGUCUUUUCAGCUCAGGUCGAAGUCUUCUUCGAAAAUCAGCAGUAGGGAUGAAGAUACGGGAGCAAGCAAGCACAAAUAGUGAAGGAAGUUUGGGUCUGUCUAACAGAGAAGAGAACUGUGAAACAGAAGACGUAUCAGAGACACAGGAUAGAAACGCUAAUAACCCUUUGACCACUUUGCCUCCUGUGGUAUCUGCAGUUCCAGCAGUGGAGAAUGGAAAUCAACUUUUGAAUGAUCCCUCUCUCCGUGGAGUAAAUUUUCAGGAAUUACGAUUGAAUUCCCAGCAUGGAGUCUCACUUGACAGCAACAUGGACUGGAGAAUCGGACACUGAGGCCAGCA